GUAAGCUACCGUGUAAAAUGAGUAUUAUUGACAAGGGAAGAUAUCAGCCCAUCCUAGGCGUCUAGAAGUUUAUUGGCGCUCUAGUCCCUAACAUCUCCGAUUGAACUGUUUUUAAUUCGAGCACCAUGAAACAAGUGAUCUUGAGCUCCCUGUUUUACCUAUGGACCCUGCCUGGCCUUGGACAGGGAUUUGACUUGGUUGAUCAUUCACCGGAGACUAGUCUCCAUCCGACCGAUUCGGACGUGGAACUUUUCUGCUUGGUGGAUGAGCCCUACACCUUUUGCUCGUGGAGGUUUGGCGAUCAUUCUUGUCACCAUGCAGCGGACAACGACGUGACCGGUACCAAUUGCAAGAUCAGCGACAAGAUCACAUGGAACGUGGAUGGAACGAAGUGCGGUAUCGUCAUUGCGGGCGUUUCCCAGGAAGAAAGAGGACAGUUCACAUGCAGCCUGACUCUGGAAGGACCGGAGGUGCAAAGUUUGAAUGUCAAAAUGUCGAUCGACGUGGCUUUCCCGUCUGAAGUGGCUUUCACUCAAAAGUUCGAAGACGAUUCGGAUAUUGGCGUGAUUGCUGGCGACCAAGAGAUUGUCGGUUGUCAUGCUAGCGAUGGCUUUCCCAAACCUUCGAUUCGAGUGGCAUUGGGGGUUGAACCCGACACUAUUGACGAGGAGAACGAUGUCAAUUUGGUCGAGGCCGAGGUCGGGUCCGAUUCGUCGGAGAACGACGAUGGAACAAUCAAUGUGGUCCAGUAUUUUAAGUUUACGCCGACCAUCGAAGAUUGUGGCCAUUUUAUCAAAUGCGAGGCUGUUCAAUACAACCCUGCAGGCGAGGUCAUUUUUGAGUCAGGACCCAAUGUGAUCGCACGCAAGAUUAAAGUUCUCUAUCCUCCGCAACCCUUACAAGAGCCAUUGGAGGACCUUCACUACUCCAUAAACGAGCCUUUCUUGGACCUACAAGUCGUGUUCAUGGCCAGCCCCGCUCCUUCAAAUAACCAAGUGAUUUGGAAUAUCAAUCCUGGAACCUAUGAAGAUACUGACUCCACGGUCAUUCAAGCUGGCGAUCUCGCGAGUCUCAAAUACGAGGCAUUUCCUCUGAACUCGACUGGCCAUACGAACGUUGCCACUCUACGGAUAUUUAACCCCACUUCCGAAGAUGCUGAGUAUAUCUACAAUCUUGAAGCUACAAAUGGGAUUGGUGAAAAUAAGUAUAAUUUGAAUCUUGUGGCACACCUCAACGAGGAGGAUGUUUUCAUUGAUCAGGCCUCUCAGACCUCCAGGCCUGACUAUCAACCAUCCGACGAGGAUGACACUCCCAAGACCGCUGGUAUGGCAAGUGGAAGCAUCGCAGGGAUCUGCAUUGUCAUCGUCCUUAUCAUCAUAAUCAUAGUGUUUGUUAUCUUUGCUAAAAGGAAGAACAAGUGUUGCUUUGCCAAAAAACAAUCAGAUCCAGAGAAGAACCCAGAGGCCGAGGCCAUGAAUACACAGGAAGGUGACCAAAAGAAACUGGAACCUGAUGAGAAAGUUCCACAUCCAAAUUAAAUACUCGAGUAGCUCACCAUAUUGACUCAGGAACUAUUCUUAGUGAGCCUUUGUCCAUUUUUCCCCUCUGCGCUAGCACUGAUUUGAUCUCAAUAUCUUGAAUAAAACUCGGAAUCA